UCAGUCUUCCCGGGCACACAAAGCUCCGGGAGGUCCCUGCGCUGUCUCCCAGAAUCACUCUCAGUGAGCCCUGAGGAGCGUCAGCCACGCCGAUCGGGUCAGGCAAGUCCGUCCCGUCCUGAGAGCCCCAGGCCCCCCUUCGACCUCUAACCAGAUCCCUCCUCUUCCUCGGAGACCUCCCUUUCCAAGCCCACCCGGACAGCUGUUCUGUGACUUCACGGUGGCCCCUCAGCCCCAAAGCCUCCCCUUCAUCUGUGACUUUCUGUGGUGUGGUGAGCUGACCCCUCCAGGCGUGACCUUGGUGAAAUUUGUGCCCCUCUGCGGUCCUGCUCCUGCCCUGUUCUAUAAAUAUCUAUAAAUACUCAUAUAUACACACACACACACACGUAUAUAUACGUGUAUAUAUAUAUAUGGCUGACACAGCCUCGCCUCUAUGUUGGGAACUGGUCACCGUACUGUCCUUGUGGAUUCUGUGGCUCAGUGACAAGGGAUGGCUGUCACCCUGCCCUGCCCUGCCCCCUCCAGCGUGUGCCACUUCCUGUGAGCCGCCCUGCCCUGCCCAGCCUGCGGACAGCCAGCCCUGCUCCCUGGCCCCUCCCCGCCCGGCGUGGGGUGCUGUAGUGGCAGCUGUGUGGUCCCUGACCGUCUCCACCAGUCCUGCUGUCUCUUGGCUGAGAAUAAAGCCCGUUUCCACACGACGGGAACGCUGCGUCCCGUGCCGGCUCGUGUUCUCUGUGGUGCUCCGGGGCAGGGGAGGUUUCAAGGUUUCCCCCUUGGGGUGCAGCGCGGGGAAGGGUGCUGUGCAAGGGGUGGGACAAGGCCCCCUCCUUUCCUGGGCGGCUUGGGAAGUGCCUGCAGGUUGCUUAGUUCUCAAUGCUGUGAGCCCUGCUCUGACCACCAGGGGGCAGGACCAGAAACCCAGCCUGGAGGCAGGCUGUGGGCUGCAGGCCUGGGCUUGGAGGCAAGGACAGGGUAGGGCGGGGCUAGCGCUGGAAGUUGGCACCCUUGGGCGCUGGCACGCGGCAUUCCCUGCAUCCCUCCAGCAUGAGCUCAGAGCCUGGGGGCCACAGGGCAGAGCUGUGCCCCUGGCAUCGCAGUGUAAGGAGACCAGCCUGGAAGAGGCCUCUCCACCCCACUGGACGGACGCUCGGCACAGCAUGGCAGGCUGCCCACUGCCGGCCAGGCCCUGCCGCCCUGUGCAGUGCCCACCCGCAGCACAGCAGACCCUGGGCCCUGCGACGAAACUGCCACACACGGGGCCAAGCGGUGUGGCUAAAUCUGUUUAUUUCAAGAUAAAAAGAGUAACAGGAGCCACAUCACCAGGGUGCCACAACCCUGUCUCCGCCUCUUUCCUGUGCCAUAGACUCAAUAAAUAAAGUUUCCCAGCCCCAAAGAAGUAUUAAGACCUCCUCCUCAUUUGCGAGCUCCAGCCUCAGCUAUGAUACAGGGGGCGGCCCUACCCCCAGAAUAUACAAAAUGUACACAAGUACAAUAUGUACAUGGGGGCGGGGUGGGGGCCCCCCUGGAGGCAGCCUUGUCCCCUCAUCAGGCCUCCAGUUAGCCCCAACGGUCACAGGGCCUGACAGAAUGCUGCCUGCUGCCCUGCCCCAAAGUGCCUCUGAAGAAAGGGAGUCCCCGAAUGCCUGCCCCGCCUGCCUCGGCCCUGCCUGCUGGAUGCCUCUUAGUGAGAAGACAGGCGCCCCUGCAUCACUGCCCCAGCCGACCCCGUGCCUCCCAGCUGGCCUGCCUGGGGCACAGGCACGGAGUGAAGAGCUGGCCCACGCCUGGCCAGGUGAGCGCCACCUGUGCUAAGGACCGGGCCUCCAGUUAGCCUCAGCUUGCCCAGGCCACCCUGCGACUCGGGGACUGGAGCCUCCCUGAUGAGGGACAGCCCUCGCCCAGAGGAAGAUCCUCACCCAGAGAUGCCCUGGCCCGUAAGUGAGCCCUGCCCAAAAUGACCCUCGACCAGAUCCCCUGCCCAGAGAUGACCCUCACCCAAUAAUGCCCUCCUCACCGAAAUACCCUUACCCAUGAUGCCCCUGGUCCAGAAGUGACCACUGCCCAAGAUGCCUCACCCAGAUGCCUGUGCCUGAAAAUGACCUCA